AUGCCCGCCCGCAAGAGACCUGCCGCCGCCGUCCUCGCGACGACCACAACAAAAGAGUCCGCGACGUCCCGCAAGAAGAGCCGCAGAAGCACCGACGAAUACGACGAGGUGACCAGGCUUGGCGAGGGCGGCUUCGGCGUCGUCCUCAAGGCGCGCCACCGCGCAACCGGCAAGACCGUCGCCAUCAAGUAUCUCACGUCGCCGGACGACAACACCGAGGAGGAACCAGACGAGGCCGAGCUCCGGCACGAGGCCCGCCUCCUGGAGGCCUGCAACGGGAACCCACACCUCGUCGGCUUCGAGGGCCUGGCGCGCGACACCGCCACCGGAAACCUCCGCCUCGUCAUGGAGUACGUCGCCGCGCCGAGCCUCCACGCCUUCACGCGGAAGGACAGCCGCCACGGCCGGCCGCUUCCUGAACCGAAGGUGCGCGCCAUCAUGCGGAAGCUCCUCACGGGGGCCAAGCUCAUGCACGCCCGCCACGUCGUCCACCGCGACAUCAAGCCCGCCAACAUACUCGUCGGCCGAGACGGCCAGCUCGUCAAGAUCUGCGACCUCGGGCUCGGGAUCUCCAUGUCCGACCCGCCGCCCUACACCCAGGUCGGCACCAUGCCCUACAAGGCCCCCGAGAUUCUCCUGCGCAAGCCGGACUACGACGCGCUUGUCGACUGCUGGUCGCUCGGCUGCGUCAUGGCCGAGAUGCUGGCAGGCAAGACCCUGUUCGAGGACGAUGGCCGCGAAGACCACAUGGACGAUGCGGACCACGUGGCCCAGCUCUGGGCUAUUUUCGGGGUGCUCGGUAUGCCCGACGACCGAACGUGGCCCGAGUUCAAGUCACUGCCGCUCACCGGCAAGGUGAUGGAGUUCAAGUCGUCCCUGCCGCCGACCCACAAGAUGCUUCCUGAGGGGCAGGAGCAUAGCAGGCUCCGGGAUAUCUUCCCGGUGGAGAAGCUAUCAGAGCAAGGAUUUCAGGUAUUGCUAGGGCUUCUCACAUACAAUCCCGACAAGCGACUCACGGCGGCCAAGGCGCUCAAGCUCCCAUGGUUCGCUGCUCAUCCUCCCUCGGCCAAGGCUGCUAAGGUUGAAGCUUUGCCCCUACCGAGAAACAAGGUAUCGCGCUUCAUGGCUCCACUCACGGUAUUGAAAUCGCAAGUCGCUUUAUUUAUAGAGAGAGGCCAAAGACUGUUUCGAGGUAUGUCCCAGGUGUAA